CUCUGAGCCACACAGCGAGCGAUCCCAGCGAAGCCCAUGGGUCACGACAAGCGCGACUCCCAGUGAGAGUGUGGAUAGUGAGCUGCGCUGCUCCAUCUGCCUGGGCACGUUCGUCUGCCCCUCCACGCUGAACUGCAGCCACGCGUUCUGCCUGCGGUGCCUGGAGGCCGCCUGGGAGACGGCGAGCGGCUUCAGCUGCCCGCAGUGCCGAGCAACCUUCCCUGUGCGACCCCAGCUGAAGAGGAACGUGGCCCUCGCCAACUUGGCGGAGCGGCUCAGAGUUGGAGACGGGAUGGCCACGGCCGUCGUGUGCGACAACUGCCGUGGCGGCCAGACCCCUGCAGUGAAUACCUGCCUGAGAUGUGGUAUAUCCUUCUGUGCGACGCACUUGAGGCCUCACGUGGACAAUCCCAGGCUGAGUAACCACGUCCUGGUGGCUCCCAUCGCGAACCUGGCGGAGCGACAGUGCCAGACGCACAGAAAGGAGCUGGAAUUCUACUGCACAGUAGACAGCAGACUGGUCUGCUCAAAUUGCACCAUCGCAGGUGAACACACAGGACACAUGGUCCUGAUGCUGCAGGAGGAGCAGGAGACACGGAAGAAGGCGCUCAGACGCGAGAUGAGGAAGAGAGAGAAGAAGAAGACUGCGGCAGAAUCACGGACACAGCAGCUCAGGGGCGCCUACAAUCGCGUGCAGGAGUCUCUGCCUGGGACCAAGGCGCGGAUCAGCCGAGAGUUUGAGCGCCGGAGGGAGCAGCUGAGGCAGGAGGAGAGGGAGGCGCUGAAGCGCGUGGACGAGGAGGGCCGCUCUGUGCUGUCCCGCAUCCGGGCGGACAUCGCUCACUACGAGAUCAGAGCACACGACUUGGAGCGGGAGAUCAACCAGUUGCUCGCCGCACUCGCCGUGCAGGACCCUUUCACAUUCCUGCAGGAUCCCCUGCAUGAGAGUCUCAGGAGGAGCUGCAUCUCCCAGGAGACUCAGGAUGACCCAGCCCCCGGCUCCCACAGUUUGAACCUCGCAAAAGUCAUCUCAGUGGGCGGCGUCCAAACUAAACUUCUGCCAUUUCUCGAUGGACGCUCGCCGACUCUGGACACGAACUCAGCCCACGACCGCCUCCAGAUUUCCUCGGAUCUCAGGACGGUGACGUGGAGCAGGCACCCCCAGAGUCGCCCCGAUCACCCACACCGCUUUGAUGGCUGGCGACAAGCCCUGUGCUCUGAGAGCUUCUCGUCGGGUCAGCACUACUGGGAGGUGGACGUGGGGAGCUCGUGGUCGUGUGAUGUUGGAGUCGCGUACGGGAUGAUCCCACGGAGAGGGGGUGGUGAUAAGUGCGGCCUGGGAGGGAGUGACGUCUCGUGGUGUCUACGUAAAUAUGGCGAAAGCUUCUCAGUGUGGCAUGGCGGGGUAGAGACGUCACUGUCGGUGAGGGAGCCUCUGCGGAGAGUCGGGGUUCACCUGGACUGGGACGCGGGGCUGCUGUCGUUUUACAGCGCCGACUCCAUGGCGCCGUUGCACUCGUUUUAUAAAACUUUCACUCAGCCCCUACAUCCUGUGCUGGGAGUGGGGCUGGGAGUGGGGUGGUUGGGGUUUGUGAUUUCGUACUAUACAUUUGGUGAGUCAGUGAGGAUCGUGGAUCUGAGUGGUGCGUCCUGAGGGAGGUGAACGCGAACAGCGCAGAGGGCAAACGCCACGACGCACGGCGCUCGCCACCCUCGUCACCAUCACUCGACUGGCUUGGUGGCUGCCCGUCAGAAAGGGGGGGAGGGGGGUCUGAGCGUAAACAAUCAUCACAACCUUUUUAGGGGGGAGGGGGGGGUUGAUAAAAUAAGUACUGCUCUGUGUGUGUGUGAAGCCAACGUGGAUGUAUUCACCCUGCCAGAGGAGUGUGACUGUAGUGUAGAGGAGCAGUGAUUAUCAAUGGUGAACUGGGAUGUGUUUAUACACUGGAGGGUGUAAUUGAUAGUGGUGCAGUGAUUAGCAAUGGUAAACU